AAGGUAACAUAUCACAUAAGGAAGAAAAUUAAAUUGAAACAGGAAAGAAAAUUGCAGCACCAAAGUACUAGAAAAAGAAAAGAAGUCAUAAUGAUGGGAGCAAGAUUCAGUCAAAUUGUUUGAUAAUUUUACAUCAUAACAUGUUAUUAGUGACGGAGUCAAUCAAAUCAAUAUCUUAGUAUGUUAAGAGGAAUAUCUCCAUGAUCGAUCCUUGGUGCUUAUAUUAUAUGGUCCAAGUUCUUAACCUUUCCUUUGUUGCCAGAAUAACUUCCUUAUUCUCUUUUUCAUUCAUUCAUUGUUUCAUGAAUUCAAGUGAUUGAGGAAUAAAACAGAUAACUGUAGCAAGAUGAAUGAUUUGUUUUCGAGCUCAUUUAAAAGGUACGCAAAUUUAAAAGAUCAAGCACAGCUUGAUGAUUUGGAGUUAGGGAAUCAGACUGGCACUGCAAACCUCGACAAGUUCUUCAUAGAUGUGGAUGGUGUGAAGGGAGACAUGACACACGUAGAGAAGCUCUACAAGAGGCUCCAAGAUGCCAAUGAGGAAUGCAAGAUCGCCACUAAUGCAAAGGCGGUUAGAGACCUAAGGGCUCGAAUGGAUGGUGAUGUGGAGCAAGUUUUGAAGCGAGCCAAGAUUAUCAAAGGAAAGCUAGAAGGUCUUGAGAGAUCCAAUGCAGCUCACAGGAACCUCCCAGGGUGUGGUUCUGGGUCCUCGACUGAUCGGACUCGCACCUCUGUGGUGAGUGGCCUAGGGCUUAAGCUUAAGGACAUGAUGGAUAAGUUCCAAACUUUAAGGACAAAAAUGUCACUAGAGUAUAAAGAGACAGUAGAAAGAAGGUAUUUCACCAUAACAGGGGAGAAGGCAGAAGAAGAGACUAUUGAGCAGUUGAUCUCGAGUGGAGAGAGUGAAUCGUUUCUUCAAAAGGCGAUCCAAGAUCAAGGAAGAGGUCAGAUAAUGGACACGGUGAAGGAGAUACAAGAGAGGCAUGAUGCAAUUAAGGAGAUUGAAAAGAAUUUGCUUGAGUUACAUCAAGUUUUUUUAGAUAUGGCUGCACUUGUUGAAGCUCAAGGCCAACAACUUAAUGACAUUGCUACGAAUGUGAACCGAGCAAGUUCAUUUGUGAGCCAAGGGGUAAAUGAGCUAGUUGUGGCCAAAGACCAUCAAAAGAAUUCGAGGAAAUGGACUUGCAUUGCUAUUAUCCUUGGGAUUGUUCUUGUCAUAGUUAUCUUGUUUCCUAUCUUGUAUUCUACCCUUCUUGUACCUCGUUAGUUAUUAUUGCUUAACUAGCUGGAGUUAGGAGAUCUUCAGAAAGUCCCUUCAUUUCUAAUUUUUAUAUUUUUUUGAAAUGCUCUAUGUGAUAAUCUUGUUGAGUUUAGAGUGUGAUGUAAUUCUUUCGGAUAGUAGUUUCAAGAUGAAUCUUGCAAUGUCCAGGAAAUCUAGUUUGAAUGUCCAACUCUUUUACUGUUGACUAAAAACAAUGAAAAGGAUGGUAAAGGACGAAGGAAUUGGAGAGAAUUACCUUGGCCUCAAAGAUUAGUAUAGAACUACUUGACUCAAGUAGCUGUAUAUAGAUUGUAUUAGUGUGAUGCACGAAUACAUUUCAAGUUAAUCAUCUUCGCUAUUUGUAGACUUGAUGAAACUUCUAAUCAUGCCAGUAGUACUUGUGUAUGUAGAGCAAAACGGAGGAAUCGUCAGAAUACCAUAAAAAUAUAAAACAGGGUCACUUCUCAUCUUUUUUUUUUUUUUUUUUUUUUUUUUUGACAUUAGGGAAAUAGACAAAUUAAAUAGAAAUAAAAGACAUCCUCGAGCUUCUACAUGUACGUGCUACUUAGUCCGCUUCAGCUACCUAUUGGCGACUGACCUUUGUGAUAGUACACUAAUUGAGAGUUUUAGCUAUGUUUUAAAUGAGUUGUAUUGUGUGUUUUGUCUCAAUAUCAUAAUGACCUUUCGCUUAUAAGUGUUGCAUUAUGUUGGCCGAGCCUGUGUUAAUAGCUACCCUCGGGUAGUUGUUGCUGCGCGCCAUUGUAGUCCCAUUAGGCAUGCACGUGCUUCGGAUAGUAGAACCAAUUUUGCCAUGUAACAAAUGCCUUGACCCUUUGGAAUUUGAUCUCGGGGUGUAGAACUAGUCUAGCUAUCCAAGCUCCUCCUCCUAGGUGGGUUAUCUUGUCCCAGGAUCCGUCGAAUUGAAGAAGGAUUUGAGGGAUAGUGUGAUACCAUGGCGUUGUUGGCCUAGAUUCGUAACAAGGAACCCUGGUGGAAAAU